AUGGUUCCUCUCGCUCUUUUACAUUCUUUCUCGCUCACACUGAACGACACCCUGUCGAGUCCAAAACCCUCGGAAUCAACUAUUCUAUCUGUCUACACGCGCCGGCAGUCACACGCUCUCAAAGUUUCUGCCAUCACUGUCUUCCUUGUGGUUCUAAUGUUCUGGAUUUUUUCUUUCAAGCUGUCUUCGUUUAUGCUAUCUGGAGGUUCUCCCUCUUCAUGCACGCUCAUAAAGGAUAAUGUUUUAGCGCCAAGGGUUUUGCAUAUUCAAAGUUUGGAUAACUUUGACCCCUCUAGGAGCAGGCUGGCAAGUCCAGGGAGCACCACACUGCGGAAACUUGUGGGGGGCGAAAGGGUUACAAGUGCAGUGACAGGGUGGGGGUUAGGGACAAACGUCGACCUGGAAGACAGAAGGAAGCGCCACCCUGAGGGUAGCGACGAACUACUCCUCAGCGGGCAGGAUCUUGAGAUUUGGAAUCCGGAGGCCAUCCGAGGGGCGCUAGAGAGUUGGUCAGGGAAAGAUAAAGACCAACUAGAUAAUUGGGGUCACCAACUGGCCGAGAGAAAUAAUCCUAGUGGAUCGAAGACACAAAAUCUAGAUACGAGUGGUAAGGAACCAGGUGCAACAGAUUCGACUUCGGCAGGGUGCACUGAGCAAGAAUGCGGGGGGGCGUUGGAUAAUGCGACUAGAACAUCCUCUCCUGUAACAACGGCCCGGACCGGAGGGGGCACUAAUCCGAAUCAUUCUGCUCGGCGAAAAGGGGCUGGCGUUGGGUACAGCUCCUCUAUGAACAAUGGAGCGCCCUGUGGCGCGUGCAAAUUCCUGCGUCGAAAGUGUGUCCGUGGGUGCAUAUUCGCUCCAUACUUCAGCGCGGAGCAAGGGGCUUCAAAGUUUGCUGCCGUGCACAAGGUGUUUGGUGCCAGUAAUGUGGCGAAGCUGCUGGUGCAUAUUCCCACGCCCCACCGUUCCGAUGCAGUGCUCACCAUAAGCUAUGAAGCACAGGCUAGACUUUCUGAUCCCGUGUAUGGCUGCGUCGCCACGAUUUUCGCUCUCCAGCAGCAGGUGUCAAGUUUACAAGCAGAGCUGGCGAUGGUGCAAGCGCAAUUAGCAGACCGGCAAGCACAUCUCCAACAAACGCACCAUCAACAACGGAUAGUGUUCAACCAACCUCCACCGGAGUACAUGCAGCAACAUCAUCUGGUGGAUCAGGCACACGUCUCCUCGAGUCCAGGCUUGUCCAUGGGCAUGCCCGGGCGAUCCAGCGCUGCAGACACAUACAGCAACUCCCGUGUGAAGGAAGAGGUCGGCUACAGGCUUCAAGGCAUGCAACAAGCAGCUCAUCACUACUUCGGAAUGCCAUCCAGCAGCAUGGAGCCCACGUCUGCAGCACAGAGUCUUCUGAGUUCGCUGCAGAAAACCAGAAGCGUGAGCAUGGAGGACCAACCUGAUGAAGGUGAACUGCAAGCUCUAGCUUCUCUUCUUCGUAGAAAAUAGGGGCAGUGCUAGUUGAAACUCAGCAGAGCAACUUGACCCUCAUAACAGAUCAAGUUGCAAAAGAGGAGAGAAACAAUUUGUUCGCAAGCAAUGCUACUUUUCUGAUACAGGAAGUUGUAAGAUAAUCACAACAUCACCAUUUCGAUCACCCACAACUAAUGCAAUAUAACCAAUUUGUGAUCAUUCCACUUGA